UUGUGCAUGCCAUCAAGCUGUCGAAAACAGAUUUUACUGUCGUCUUCUGACUGCUGGCAGUGCUGCACUGAACAUACUGUAAACAAACAGUAGAAUGAUUGAUUCCAAAGCAGUUUUCUCUCUGCCAUCUAGCAGAGGAGUAGAGCGUUCAAUGUUUUGCCUUUGUAAACGAUUUUCAUGGUCAUGUUGUUCAUAGUUUUUUAUUCGUCUACUGCUGCCACUUUAUGGUUCCUCUCUCGCUAGUACUAGGGGGCUGACGACUUUCUGGUGUAGAUUUGAGUUAUUAGUUUGGACUCUUCCUGUCUUUGUCAGUCCUCUCUUGCGAAUUCUGGUAGUAAUGGCCGGGAGUGCCGGCGAAAGAAUGGAGCUUCAUGUCGGAGACGAUAUCACUGUUAAAAUCGAACAGAUCCAGAAGGACCCUCAUUUGAUAAUCGCUUCGCUUGCCUUCGGCUCGAAAAUUUUUCGUGGUGUGUUGAUGGACAGCGACAGUGUUGGUGAUUUGCGUGCGAAACAAGAAUCAGAGAUCAAAUCACGAGAGUGUUUCAUUGUAAACGAGACGCCCUCAGUUGAAGUAAAAUCAUGGGAUGACUAUGUUGAUGGAAUGACUCGGAAACGAGGAAGGAAAGCUGCCUGGAAAUCGUUUCAUCCAGAAGCCGGCCCUUGCAGCACCUGCUCUGUUUGUCAUUCGUCAGGGGCGACUUCCACGUUUACUCAUCCAGCAUUGUGGAGGAACGUACCAGCUGACGGCUAUAAGAUGUUCAACAUCGAGCCUGAGUCUUGUGUGUGUCACCACUGUUACACCACACGAAUCAAAAGAGCUAGCAGUGCUGCAUUGACAUCUCUCCGCAUGAAUUGCCAAACGCCUUCAUCUGUCGGCAGCAGCAGUGAAGACGGCCGGCCUGAAGGGAAGAGAAAGUCAACUGGUCUUCCUUUGUAUGAGGCAAAACGAGGUCGUUGCCAUCAUUGGAGAACUGUCCAUCCAAAGAGAGGUGCUUGUACCAUCUGUCACGUGUGUGGUAAGUCUCCAGAGCCUGCACGCCUUACGCAUCCAAUGUCUUGGCACGCCGGAUUGAACCAAGAGGCUCUACGCAUAGGUCUGGGUCAGACAUCGUGCGUAUGCUAUCCAUGCCAUGAUUUGUUGAGAUAUGCUUCCAUUGCACCUGGCGAUGUUGCCAUUCCUGGCAUGCAAAUUGGUGCUUGUGGAAGUGAUCAAAGCGACGGUAACAGCACCAGCCCGAUAUCCGUGAUGAUUGAUAACUGCAUUCCCUACGACAGCCCAAGGAAAUCAUCUUCCUCUGAGCAGUCCGAUGAUAAUGGUGACACCUUCAAGGACUACCACCCCGAGGAAAUGGAUAUGGAGGUGCAUGGUGUUCAUGAUAUGUGCCACAUCCCCAGCUGUAGUAGCUCUAUAUAUUGCAAUAUGAAGUAUGCUUCCAAGUCGAUGGUAGCAGCUGUCUUCAACUGCAACGAGAGUGAGCUUGCAACGUCACCUGCGUCUGACGUGUUCAUGUGCGUCACACACUACCACGCUUGUGAACGCAAGUUGAAGGAACUGCCUUGCAUCUACUGCCAAAACAUUCCAUCGCCAAUUUCGCCACAGUCUCCGUACACUAACGUCACCCAGAUGCAAUACUUUCUAAAGAGCAUGGGCAGACCGACCAGCUUUUCUCCGCUUGCCAAGAUUUGCGACAUGUGUUUCAGCCAACGAAUGCAGCAGUUUGGUGGACAACGCAGUAGCGGUGUCUCCUGCAGUGUUCAGACAUGUCAUCUAUGAAACCAGACCGGUCACAUGGGCAGCAAUUUGCAGAUGUAUUUUCCUCACUUUGCCAUAAUAUUAUUAUUAUAAUGUAUCGCACGCACAGAUUUAUGACGACAUACAUCUGAGUGAGUGUACCAGUUCUACUAUUUUCAUCGACCAUAUAUUUAUGUUACUCAACAGCUCCACUAGCAUGGUGGCUAGUGAAAUUUUCUUGUAUUUUACUGGGCACUUAUCAAUGAUAUUUCACUUUCUUUGUACUUUCCCACUGAUGUCUCGGUAGUGUCGACUUCUACUGCUUCUUUCAUUUCUGGAUAUUCAUAUGCAGUGAUAGUGCAAGCGCUGUCAGAGGACUAAUCAUAUCUGCUUCAUUCUUAUCUAAAGGCGUUUUUCACCAUUCACCAGAGAACUACUUUCAUGCUAGGGUGCGUUAUUUUCUUAGAACCAUUUUAGUAUUUCGGAGUGUAUAUCAUGAUUAUACGAUAUUCUUUUACUUCAGUCACUCAUUGAGCUUUUUUCUGUAGAACUGCAUCCAUUGCUUUAGUAAGACUGGGUACAGUUGCUUUCAUGAAAUCGGAUUUUUACUUACUUGUACCUCUGAACUACUGUGAAAACAGUAAUUGCCAGUUUGUUACAUUUUUCGAAUCGUACAUCAUCACAUCAUCAUCAUCAUUCAUAAUACAGCUUCGCCAAACUACAUUCUCAUAUCUUGUUAUCGGAAACAUGCCAGUGCAUCAUCUACAUCUACAUCUAUCAAUAAUUUUAUUAUGCAGUCUGUGUUACUAGUCUGCUUCUCAGGAUCUCUAGCCGUUUUCUCAGUGCGGUCUGACCCAACACGCUUAUUUUCCGUCUGAUUCAUAAAGUAUUCACUAUUCAUGCCUGUUUACCAAUGGACAACUUAUGGGUAGAGUAACCCUUUGCUUGCACUUCGAAGUAUGUCAGUGAUGUCUAUAUCAUUAUCUUGAGCCAUUUGCUCACCCA